AUGGCCAUCACAACUCCCUUCCAGACACAAUUUGCAGUACCUAUGACAUGUGAAGCAUGUAUAAAAGACAUCGAAGGAUCUUUAUUCAAACUAGGUGGAAUACAGAAAGUUGAAGCAAAUCUAAAGGAUCAACUUGUUACUAUUGAAGGAACAACUGCGCCUUCGGAAAUCGUUAAGGCGAUUGAGGAGACGGGGCGAGAUGCAAUUUUGAGGGGUUCCGGGGGGAGUGAUGUACGAGGAUUAGUGAGGAUGGUGCAGGUAUCCCCUACAUUAACGUUGGUGGAUUUGACUAUUCGAGGAUUGCAAGAGGGAACAUAUUGGGCUACUGUUAGAGAAGCGGGGGAUAUUUCCAACGGGGCAAUCUCUACGGCAGGUCUAUGGAAGGGAGGUAAUGAAGACACACCGAGGGGUACGUUUGGUACCGUGAGUGUGGGGAAGAAUGGAAUGGGAAUAUCGAAACAACAUGAGGGAGAUAGGAAGUUUGAGAAGAACGAUGAGAAUACUCUCGUGGGGGUAAUUGCACGGAGUGCUGGUGUAUGGGAUAAUGACAAGACAGUUUGUUCUUGCUCGGGCAAGACAUUGUGGGAGGAAAGGAAAGAUGAGGUCAGCAAAGGUAUGCUCUGA